CAUGAAUGGCAUUUCAAAAGCAACCAGCACGUGUUCAGCAGCUACGGAAGCUGAAGUGGGCAUUUUUAUUUAUACUUGAUAUCGCAUAGUUAGUUAUUCCAUUAUUUUUAUUCGAAAUGGCAUCGAAAUCGUUGCAAUAUGAUGCCGCGGUUGGUGGAACUGUUAAGCUUCCAGAGGAAAUUGACUCGGUGGAAUUCAAUGAAGAAAGACUCACCGAGAUGAAAACAUUGCUCCGCAAUAUAGCUAGCACCGAAAAGCAAACCAAACUUAUGCACCAGUCGCUUCCCCUUCACAUGCGACGUCGAGCUAUGACGUACAACCCGAAAAGAUUACCUCGGAAGUUCCGUUCCAUACAUCUGGCACAGUUUAGCAAAAGUGGACUACCGGAGAAAAAGAAAAGACCAUCAAGAAAGUAUCGUCGAAAAACGGCAAAUCUCUUGAAGGAAUAUGAACGCCGUAAAAGAACCAACGUUUGGCUGGAAACGCACAUUUGGCACGCCAAGCGUUUUCAUAUGACAGCGAAAUGGGGCUACAAAAUACCCUACACACCCACGAGGAAGGUUUACAGGGCAUGUUACCGUGCGACAGCCAAGCACUGCCUUCUGCAGGAUACAUCCUACAUGGGAUGUAUUGAAAUUUGUGGUCCCGACGAAACGCUGAAAAACGGAUUGAGUCGUCUUUGCAGCCAGGAAAUAGGAUUAACAAUUACUGCCAAAGCAUUUCUCGGGGGAAGAAGAUCCGGAAACGUGCACCUUUACGAAAAAGAUAGAUAUCCUUUUGAUUGCAUCGGUAAAAUCAGAUUUUUGUGGAGGGCCCAGGAUGCUGGUAGCGAUGGAAGGACUUUAUGGAUUUUUGCCCAUCCGGUGUUCUAUAAAAAGCUUAUUCAAGAGUUUAUAGGUUUGUUCGGUUUGAAAAAUGUCCACCGGCAUGAUAAUGCAAUGGAAGUGAACGCAUCGAGUGAGUCUAAAAUCAAAGAAAUUACAACAAGCCCCGGAACCGUGAGAAUCCCGCAAUAUGUGAACAAAGUGUCAGGGGUUACGAUUAAAGAGUUGAAGGAUGCGCUUAACUAUUUUCGGUUAGCUGGACCACUUUCCCAUGUCAUAUUAGGUAAGGCGCUAAAAACAUACAAACCAUCAGAUAACAUAAGACUGAAACAUUGGUACACAAAUUGGUCAGAAGAUUUAGCACGUAAAAAAGUAAUCAAGGAGCAACUUUGUUUUUGGGAUAAUGCGAGGAAUUUAACAUCCACCGUAGAGUUUACUCCAGGUCUUGUGAUUGGGUUGGUUAUAGCGGAUCCUCGUCUCAAUCGACCUAAAAAACGAACCAAAGCUUUACCGGGGACUAUUAUGACACCACAAUGUUUGCCUGAAAACACAAUUCAUACUGCCUUUUCUCCUCUAUGGGAUCAUUCAAUACGGGAUCGUAUCUUCCAUGAGAUGCAAUCAACUCACGAACUGAAUCUCCUUCGAGCCAAGGAAUGCCUGGUUCCUGGUGAAAAAUGUGCCUUCGAAGAUUAUGUUCAACCAAUUCCAGUGUUGCUUAUACAGAAUCCCGGCUCUCAGGAUGCGGAAUACAAACGGCUCGGAUAUGGCAGCGGUUGGGAUUUGAUUGUUCCUGCCGGAUAUGGUCUCGCAGUAUGGCAAACUCUUAUCAUGUGGGGGGCAAAGCCAGCUGGUUUGAAAGAAUUCGACAUGCAAGCCCUCGAGACUGGUGUGGAUCUGAACACAGUACCGGACACGGUUCUAGGAAAAAGCGAAGCGGAUGUAGAGUACGAAAAAUGUUGGAAUAAAUAUUUUUCCAGGCCGAACAAUCGUCGAGUCAACUAUAAAAAAUAUGCAAUCGCAUCACCGUUUAGGUGUCCAUGGGGUCAGCUAGUAUCUGAGUGGGUAGCUGCAGCUAACCCUCCAAAAUAUUACGUUCUACGCGAUCAAGAAGCUCUGGGUAAGAUUCAACUUUCACUCCAGCGCAAGUUCAACAUCAAAUCAGCAAAGUUGUCUGCCGAAGCAUUGAUACCAUUGUUUCUGACUAUGAAAUCACGUGGAAAUCCUGGGGAUAACUCUAUCAUCUGUCUACCUUUACGACACGACUUUCGGAAGAACAAGCAGCAGGGCGCAAGCCAUGACAACAGUCCGGUGUAUACGGAGCCGCUUCGCAAGGAUCCGUGUCAGAAGGAACGGCAUUUGCUUCGUAGCAGUCACCUGAGGCUGUUGAAGCGUCUACGUAAUCGUCGUAUUCGCGAAAAAAAAGCUCGGCAGCGAAAGAAUCCUGGCACAUUAAUCCGAAUAGCAAGACCACAAAAUCAAACACUCAUCCGGGAACAACUAGUCAAAAUACGCGAACUGUGGUUACCAGCCAAGCCCUCAUCCGUGAGGAAUCAAUGUAGCAGAGAAUGCUUCGGUUAUGUUACUCGAUCUAGUUUCAGCCUGUCGGAAGGGAAAGUUACGGCGCUUGGUUACGUGACGGCGAAGGGUCUGGAAAAAUUAUUUAAAAUAUGUAUCAAGGGGACGUUUAAGGUGUUGGUCCGAGGGACAAAAUCAAGGUGUUACCGGUUUGCCACUAUCAAAGUCAGGGUGGAACAGACCCCAUUUUGAGUAACGCAGAAAUAGCAUUUAAAAAUAAAUAAUAUCUUGUUAAUGUUUAGGUUUUCAGCAUUUGUUUUAAGAUUUAGCUAUUUGUGUUCCUUUAUUUAGCGUUAAAUACAAAACAAAAAAAUAGGUACAGACAGCGAGGCUACCCCGAUAUCAUGGUAAAUUAAACAUUAGUUCAGCCGUAUCGAAAGUACUGUCUGUAUUCCGAAAGCCGUCGCCUUUUUUUCUAUACCAGUCUUUCGAUUGAUCUACAACAGACAGCCGCACAGUGAGGAUGUCAUG